GACGUUUGUUUUUUUAUCUGUGACAAUACAGUCCUAAAGAAAAUUUAAAACUGUCAAAUCCAAUCAACCAGUCAACUGUCAAGUGACAAAAGCAAAAAUUAACAAGACAUUUCGUUCGUGUAUUUAUCAUAAAUACGCUUUGUUUUUUAAUACUAAAUCAAUAUGAAUGACGUUGAUAAAUGGAUAGAAAUCGCAAAAAGAUGUAAAUACCUUCCUGAAGAUGAUUUACGGGAACUUUGCAAUAUCGUGUGCGAUUUGUUGCUGGAAGAGCCCAACGUCCAGCCGGUUCAGACACCUGUAACCGUUUGUGGUGAUAUACAUGGACAGUUUUAUGACCUGGAGGAACUGUUCCACAUUGGUGGUCAAGUACCACAUACAAAAUACAUAUUCAUGGGUGAUUAUGUAGAUCGGGGGCACUACAGUUUGGAAACUUUAACAUUACUUAUGGCAUUAAAGGCCAGAUAUCCUGAUAGGAUCACUUUGCUUAGGGGAAAUCAUGAAACAAGUCAAAUAACAAAAGUUUAUGGGUUCUAUGAUGAAUGCCUUAACAAAUAUGGAAAUGCAAAUGCUUGGAAAGAUUGUUGUAGGGUAUUUGAUUUGCUCACAGUUGCAGCGUUGAUAGAUGAAACGGUGCUCUGUGUACAUGGUGGAUUGUCUCCAGAAAUACCGAUGUUAGAUCAGAUCAGGUGCAUUGAUAGAAAUCAGCAAAUCCCACAUAAAGGUGCUCUAUGUGACUUACUGUGGUCAGAUCCUGCCGAUGUUAAGAUGUGGUCUGUAAGUCCCAGAGGUGCGGGAUGGUUGUUUGGCAGUUACGUUACAGAACUAUUCAUGAAUUACAAUAACUUAACAUUGAUAUGCAGGGCUCAUCAAUUAGUAAAUGAAGGUUAUAAAUACAUGUUUGACAAAAGGUUAGUGACGGUAUGGUCGGCGCCGAACUAUUGCUACCGUUGUGGUAACGUAGCGUCAAUACUGGAGUUCAACACGGUUAACGACAGGAAUGCUAAGUUAUUCCAAGCCGUCCCUGACAGCGAGAGAGAGGUGCCUCCACAACAUACUACACCAUAUUUCCUUUAAGCCUUAAAGUAUUUUGCAAGAGAAAAUAUCAUUUUGUAUAAAUAAAUUGUUAUAUAUUAUUUGAA